CCGACGCCCGGGGCCACCAUGAACUGGGGGAUCUUCGAGGGGCUCCUGAGCGGGGUCAACAAGUACUCCACAGCCUUCGGGCGCAUCUGGCUGUCCCUGGUCUUCAUCUUCCGCGUGCUGGUGUACCUGGUGACAGCCGAGCGCGUGUGGAGUGAUGACCACAAGGACUUCGACUGUGACACCCGCCAGCCGGGCUGCUCCAACGUCUGCUUCGACGAGUUCUUCCCCGUGUCCCACGUGCGCCUCUGGGCCCUGCAGCUCAUCCUGGUCACGUGCCCCUCGCUGCUCGUGGUCAUGCAUGUGGCCUACCGCGAGGCCCAGGAGAAGAAGCACCAAGAGGCAGCAGGGAAGAACGGCAGGCCCCUCUACCCGGACCCCGGCAAGAAGUGGGGCGGGCUCUGGUGGACGUACGUCUGCAGCCUGGUGUUCAAGGCCGGCGUGGAUGCCGCCUUCCUCUACGUGUUCCACUCGUUCUAUCCCAAAUACACCCUCCCUCGCGUGGUCAGGUGCCACGUGGCUCCGUGUCCCAAUACGGUGGACUGCUUCAUCUCCAAGCCCACAGAGAAGAACAUCUUCACUCUCUUCAUGGUGAUCACGGCCGUCGUUUGCAUCGUGCUCAACCUAGUGGAGCUGGCCUACCUGGUGAACAAGAGGUACCGGGAGCGCCUGCUGGUGAGGAAAGCCCGGGCCACGGGCCUGGGCCACCGCCGGAACUGGGCCACCGCUUCCUCCAAACAGGACGACCUCCGCUUGGGCGACCUCAUCUUUCUGGGCUCAGACGCUCCCCCUCCUCUCUCACCGGACCACCCUCGAGACCACGUGAAUAAAACCAUCCUGUGAGGGGCUGCCUGGUCAGGCCUGGGUUGGAAGGACCCGGCAGCCAAGGUGCAGCCUUGGGGGUGGGAGCGCUGUGCGGGGAGUGGGGACAGGCAAGAGGGAGGGUCCGACGACCUGGGUUCAGAUCCCUUUUCCCUAGCUCCUGCCACCUACCCCAGCUGUGUGGCCUUGGGCAAGUUACCCCUCGGAGCUGAACCUCGGCUUCCUUUUGUGUACAAGGGAGAGGAUGAGGCACCCCCCAACAGGGCCGCCGCUGUGAGGAGGGGCUUAAUACGAGAAUGGAUGUGCACAUGCCUUCAGUGUGUGGUGCCCAUGGUCAGGGCUUAAUAAAAGUCAAUUCAUU